UUUGCGGGAGUUUAUUAAGAUUCUAAGCCCCCAUUCAUUAAAUCUAUAUAACCAAAAAACUCUCGACCAAACUUCACGAUCAAAUAAUUCUUUCACACCUUAAAAAAAAUGUCUGAUAACGAUCUUCCAAUACUGUUAGAGGAGAUAUGUCAGCUCCAGGAACUCGGUGUAAAUUCAAGCAGCAUAGGUUUUAACUGGCUGACCAUGGAGUCUGACCGUUUUAUCUGUGUGCGUGAAACCACUGGGCCGACCAACCAAGUCGUAAUAAUUGAUCUUCAAGAUACUUCGAAUGUUCUUAAAAGACCAAUCACUGCUGAUAAUGCAAUAAUGCAUCCUUCAGCUAAAAUUCUUGCGUUAAAAGCCGCAAGACAAUUGCAAAUAUUCAACCUUGAGUUGAAAUCAAAAGUAAAAUCACAUACCAUGCAAGAAGAUGUAAUGUUUUGGAAAUGGAUCAAUCAAAAGACUCUUGGACUUGUCACAGGAACAGCAGUAUAUCAUUGGUCAAUGGAAGGCGAUUCAGCUCCGGCUAAGAUGUUUGAUAGGCAUGCGAAUCUUGCAAAUUCUCAAAUUAUCAAUUAUCGAGUUAAUGCAGAUGAAAGGUGGAUGGUUCUAGUGGGAAUAUCUGCUGUGGAAGGUAGAGUGGUCGGGAACAUGCAAUUAUAUUCUAAAGAUCGUAAAGUCAGUCAGCCAAUUGAAGGACACGCUGCAGCAUUUGCAAAUAUUGUACUGGAAAACGGAGUUUCACCCACAAGUUUAUUUACUUUUGCUAUAAGAAGUACAAAUGGUGCAAAGUUACAUAUUGUUGAAGUCGAUCAUAAAGAUGAAAAUCCUCAAUUUCCGAAGAAGACCGUGGAUGUAUUUUUCCCAUCAGAGGCUACUGGAGAUUUCCCUGUCUCCAUGCAAGUUAGCAAAAAAUAUAAUAUAAUUUUUCUCGUAACGAAGUUUGGAUAUAUUCAUCUUUACGAUCUAGAGACAGGUAUAUGUAUAUAUAUGAAUAGAAUUAGUGGCGAAACAAUUUUUGUAACUGCUGAACGUGAGAAUGGUAGUGGGAUAGUUGGAGUUAAUAGAAAAGGACAGGUGCUAUCGGUUUGUGUGGACGAAUCACAAAUCAUUCCUUAUAUUAUAUCGAUAAAUAAUUCAGACUUAGCACUAAGAAUCGCUUCAAGAUGUAAUUUGCUUGGUGCUGAAAAAUUAUAUAUGGAUAAAUUUAUGCAAUUAUUACAGCAAGGAGCGUAUAAUGAAGCUGCCAAAGUUGCAGCAAAUUCCCCUCAAGGUUUCCUUCGCACACCACAAACAAUUGAACGAUUUAAAAACGUUUCCGUGCCAGCGGGAGGAUUAUCCCCUAUUUUGCAAUAUUUCGGAAUUCUCUUGGAAAAAGGAGAAUUAAACAAACAUGAGUCUUUGGAACUUGCAAGACCUGUGUUAGCUCAAAAUCGUAAGCAACUAUUGGAAAAGUGGUUAAAAGAAGACAAGUUGGAAUGUAGUGAGGAAUUAGGUGAUAUAGUUCGUCAACAUGAUUUAACAUUGGCCCUGUCAGUUUACCUUCGUGCCAAUGUUCCGAAUAAGGUAAUCGCCUGUUUUGCUGAGACAGGUCAAUACUCAAAGAUUGUUCUAUACGCAAAAAAAGUAGGAUUUCAACCAGAUUAUCCCAUAUUGCUUCAACAAAUUAUGUCUAGAGAUCCUGAAAAGGGAGCAGAGUUCGCCACUAUGUUGGUGAAUGAUGAAAAUGGAUCAUUAAUUGAUAUUGAAAAAGUUGUUGAUGUAUUCAUGUCCAACAAUAAAAUUCAACAAGCUACUGCGUUCUUAUUGGAUGCAUUAAAAGAUAAUAAACCUGAACAUGGACAUUUACAAACCAGGUUGUUAGAGAUGAAUUUGCUUAACUUCCCACAAGUUGCUGAUGCAAUUCUUAGCAAUGCAAUUCUCAGUCAUUAUGAUAAACCUUAUAUCGCGUCUCUAUGUGAGAAAGCUGGUUUAUUACAAAGGGCACUGGAACAUUAUACGGAAAUUAAUGACAUAAAGCGUGUAAUCAUACAUACGGGUGCUAUGAACGCUGAAUUUGUUGUCAAUUACUUUGGUACUUUAUCGGUCGAUCAAUCCCUCGAAUGCUUGAAAGAAAUGUUAAAGAAUAACAGGCAGACUUUACAAGUGGUAGUUCAAAUUGCGACAAAAUAUUCCGAACAGUUACAACCAAUAAAUUUGAUUAAUUUGUUCGAAUCCUUUAAAACUUACGAAGGAUUAUAUUAUUACCUUGGGUCGAUUGUCAAUCUUAGUACGGAUCCGGAUGUACAUUUCAAAUAUAUUCAGUCUGCUGUAAAGACCGGUCAAAUUAAAGAGGCUGAAAGGAUAUGCCGAGAAAGUAAUUAUUAUGAUCCGGAAAAAGUUAAAAACUUUUUAAAGGAAGCUAAACUCUCAGACCAGCUUCCCUUAAUUAUUGUCUGUGAUCGAUUUGAUUUUGUUCAUGACUUGGUACUUUAUCUUUACCAACAAAAUCUGACAAAAUAUAUCGAAGUGUAUGUUCAGAAAGUCAAUCCUGCUCGUACUCCUGUUGUUAUUGGUGGUCUCCUAGAUGUCGAUUGCGAUGAGUCGAUUAUCAAAGGUCUACUUAUGUCUGUUACUGGUUCUCUUCCUGUUGAUCAAUUGGUUGAAGAAGUUGAAAAGCGCAAUCGGCUUAAAUUAAUUUUACCUUGGUUGGAAUUACGUGUACAAGAGAAUAGUCAAGAUCCAGCCGUCUAUAAUGCACUUGCCAAGAUAUAUAUUGACAGCAAUAACAACCCUGAAGCUUUCCUUAGGGAAAAUACUUAUUACGAUUCACUCACUAUUGGUAAAUAUUGUGAAAAGAGAGACCCUAAUCUUGCUUUUAUAGCGUAUCAACGCGGUCAAUGCGAUAAAGAACUUGUUAAAAUCACCAAUGAGAACUCAAUGUUUAAACAUCAAGCUCGAUAUUUGGUAAAACGACGUGACUCUAAUUUAUGGGCGUUUGUUUUGGAUGAGAAUAACAUGUACCGCAGAUCUUUAAUUGACCAAAUUAAUGCUGUAGCUUUACCCGAGUCUAUUGAUCCAGAUGAUGUUUCUUUUACUGUCAAAGCGUUCAUGAAUGCCGAUUUGCCAAUUGAAUUAAUUGAACUUUUAGAGAAACUGAUCUUAGAAAACACGGCUUUCAGUGAUCAUAAAGUUCUCCAAAAUUUGCUUAUCCUCACAGCCAUUAAGGCUGACAAAGCUAAAGUGAUGGAUUAUAUCAACAGGCUUAACAACUUUGAUGCUCCUGAUGUCGCUGAUCUCGCUAUUAAAAACAAUUUGUUUGAAGAAGCGUUCACCAUUUACAAAAAAUGUAAAGAUGAUAAAAACGCAAUGAAUGUAUUAAUUGAACAUAUUGGAAGUAUAGACCGAGCUGCUGAUUAUGCAAAUGUUUGUGAUCAGCCAGAAGUAUGGAGUCGUUUAGCGAAAGCACAGAUUGAAGGUCUAAGAAUUAAAGAUUCAAUUGAUUCAUAUAUUCGCGCCGAUGAUCCAACCAAUUUUAGUGAAGUAAUUGAUAUCUCAGCACGUGCUGGAAAAUACGAUGACCUUGUUCGAUAUUUACAAAUGUGCCGCAAGAAACUUCGCGAACCUCAAGUUGACAGCAAAUUAUUAUUUGCUUUUGCAAAGACAGAACGAUUUCAUGAUAUAGAAGAAUUUCUUAACACGCCUAAUGUAGCUCAAAUACAAGUAGUUGGAGACGGGUGUUACGAUGAAGGUUUAUUUGAAGCUGCAAAGAUCCUGUUUAUGAGCGUCUCAAAUUGGGCAAGACUGGCUUCUACACUUGUUCAUCUAGGAGAAUAUCAAUCUGCUGUCGAUUGUGCAAGAAAAGCUAGCAGUACAAAAGUUUGGAAAGAUGUACAUAACGCCUGCGUACAACACAAGGAAUUCCGCUUAGCUUAUAUAUGUGGUCUUAAUCUUAUUGUUCAUGCUGAUGAGUUACAGGAAGUUAUUCGCCAAUACGAAUACAACGGUUAUAUAGACGAAUUAUUACAGCUUCUUGAAGCUGGCCUUGGUCUUGAAAGAGCACACAUGGGAAUGUUUACUGAACUAGCAAUUCUAUACACGAAAUAUAAACCAGAGAAAACAGACGAGCAUCUACGCCUAUUUUGGUCUCGUCUUAACAUUCCAAAAGUCAUCCGAGCUUGUGAUGAAGCGCAUUUAUGGAAAGAGAUGGUAUUCUUAUAUGAGAAUUAUGAUGAAUUUGAUAAUGCUGCUCUUUCAAUGAUUACACAUGCUAGCGAUGCAUGGGAACACUCACGUUUUAAGGAUAUUGUUGUCAAAGUCAGCAACCUCGAAAUAUAUUAUAAGGCAUUGAAAUUUUAUUUGGAUGAGCAUCCCCUCUUAUUAAGUGAUUUAUUAGUCGCUCUUACUCCAAGAAUUGAUCACACUAGAGUUGUUCAAAUGUUCAAGAAAUCCGAUAACUUACCAUUGAUCAAAUCAUAUUUGAUAUCUGUUCAAGAGACAAAUAAUUUAGCGGUUAACAAUGCUUAUAAUGAUAUAUUAAUUGAGGAAGAAGAUUAUAAAUCACUACGAGACUCAAUUGAUAACUUUGAUAAAUUCGAUAAUAUUGAGUUAGCUCAAAGACUUGAAAAGCAUGAUCUCUUAGAAUUCCGUCGCAUUGCAGCGCAUCUUUACAAGAAAAACAAACGAUGGGCACAAUCUAUUGCUUUAUCUAAGGAGGAUAGACUUUUUAAAGAUGCUAUUGAAACAGCCAGCGAAUCACGUUCCACCGAAGUUGCAGAAGAGCUUUUAGAGUAUUUUGUACAGAUUGGAAACAAAGAAUGUUUCACAGCGUGUUUGUACGCAUGCUAUGAUUUAGUUAGAUCGGAUGUUGUAUUGGAGAUGUCUUGGAAGCAUGGUCUUACCGACUUUGCCAUGCCAUACUUGGUUCAAGUCAUGCGAGAAUUCAGCAACAAGAUCGAUAUUUUGGAGAAAGCUAACGCAGAAAGAACAGCUAAAGAACAGGAACGUGAAAAGAAUGAAAGUGAAAUACCACUCAUAAAUCCAGCCGGAUUAGGAAAUCAACUUCUACUUACACAAGGGCCAGGACAAGGAAUGGCACCUCAGGGGUAUGGCAAUGCUUACGGUAACAUAAAUAAUAUGAACUAUCAAGGUUUUUAAAAUUAUGAACAUUUUUUAUUCGAUAAAAUAUUAUUACAAGAAGAAAGAUUCUUUAGAAAAAGCCACUUAAAUAAUAACGACAAUCUAUCUACCUGUUAAGAACAGAAUAAUUAGUAAUACUUUCUUUAUAUAAAUCAAAAAAAAGCUAGUUUUAAAUGAGGUUGUAUAUAUAUAAUAAUUUUAUAUUAUAUAAUAAUAUUAUUUUUGAGAAAAUUUUUUUUUAUAAUAUACCAAAAAAA